AUGGCGAUGGGUGACGAGUGGAGCACAGGGGACUACGCCAGAGACACAGCGGCACAGCACUACGAGUGGGAGCGCCGUGCCAGCUGGGAAGCUGGGAGCACAGUGCUACCACCUUCGAGCCAAGAUGGCCAACGCCGCGGACAUCGCGACCACCAUCGUGAAGACCCGUGGGCCCAAGGCGAAGACCCAUGGACAACCGGUAGAAAGGACCGAGAACGCCACCGCCAGGACUACCACAAGGGCGACGAGGACGAGUGGCGCGAGUGGCGAGCACAGGGGCUACCUCAUGGAGAUCCCGAGGCCGAUGGUCGAGACCGUCGUUCCGGAUGGCACGACCCACCCCAAGAACGAGGCGGACACCAGCAAAGCGGCAGCUUUGGCCGCGGAAGAGGGAAAUGGGAACCGAAGGCUGAAGACCUUUGGUACGCCAAGCUCGAGGAAGAGGGCAGCCACAACUGGAACGGGAAGAGCAAGGAGUUCUUCGUCGACCACGCCUACUACAAGAGCGGACAAUCAGGACCGGGAAUGAGAGCCUCGGAACGCCUCCAGGUACCAUCGUUCAACGCCGAGGACAGCGAGGACCUGGGAGGAUCAGCCAGGUCGUACUUGCGACAGAUUGAAGCAUGGAAGCGCAUGACUAUGUUGCCACCCAACAAGCAAGCCCUCGUCUUGUACCAGAACCUGUCAGGCAAAGCGUGGAUUGCAGCCGAGGAGCUCAGCCUAGCACGUCUCGGCGAGGACACUGGAGUUGGAUACCUGGUUUCGUGGGUUACAGCGCGCUUCCUUGACCUCGAGAUUACAAGGAUUGGGCGAGCACUGAGUGAUUUCUUCAGGAAAUUGAGGAGGCGACCCAAUCAGACGGUACGCGAGUACAACAGCGAGUACGACCGUCUUUAUGGGCGAUUGCGUGAAGUCGGAUGCUGUUUACCAGAAGAAUGUGCAGCUUGGGUAUAUAUAGACCGCUUGCAGCUAGAUGAGCCACAAGAACUUAAUUUACUUGCAAGUGUGGGAAACCGCUACGAUCUCCUUCGUCUCCAGCAAGCAGCAGUGCUACAUGACCGUGGCCACCGGAAACCAUGGGAAAACAGCAAUCCCAAGGGGCGAAGGACCAACUACGCCAACAUGACCAACGACCUCGCCGGCAUCGAUGAGGACGUCCUUGAUGAGCCCGACGAGGAAGACGGGAUCCCCGAGGAAGUGGCCCAAGCGUGGGUCACGUUCAGGAGUGCCAAGGAUAAGUAUAAGAGCCAGCAACGCGCCCGAGGCUACCAAGGAGAAGGUGAUCGCCCACGGGACCCGGAGCACGACAACACGCUCAAGCAGAUGAAGAUGAAAUCCUUUUGCAGCGGAUGUGGAAGGAGAGGCCACUGGCACAAGGACGCAGAAUGCCCCAACAACCAGGGUGGCAACGGCAAGAACCACGCGAACCCCGACAGCAGCGACAAAGGACGAAUUGGGAAGGACACAAGGGACGUGGCUAUGACAACAGUUCUGCCUGCGAGUACCCAGUGGCUGCAGACCUACGCCGACGCCAUCGCCGAGCACGGUGACAGGAGCGGGUACCCGACACCGUUGACAGAGCGGCCGGACACCCACCCCGCGGCAGUGAACCGCAACUACAAAGGGCGCCCAACAAGCUCGUCGACGGCAUCCUGGGAAGCAGUGUCGACUACGCCUCAGAAGAGUGGGAAAGGAAACCAAAAGACGGUGACGCCCAAGAGGAACAAGCCCGAGGACGAGCCCCUGGAGCACAAGACCAUGGAGAGCGAAGUGGACCCGGCGGUGUUAGAGGAGAUCCAGAUCUUGCAGACCCGACUUGCCCUGCUGAAGGACAAGGAGGGAAAGUGCUGUGCCGAGAUUUUCCAACAGGAGGUCAUUGCCGAUGCGGACUUCGAGGACGCCUACAACAAGGUCAAGGAGGUGUACGUCAACAAGCACUACGAGCACAACGAGCCCGACCCUGGGGAAGGGCAAAACGACACUGGCAAGCCCCACGAGGACCCGAACAAAGCGCGGACCGCCUACCACGACAGUGACUUCACCUACGCCACAUGUUUGGAGAUCUUGGAAUCAGCAAUGGCUACCGACUCGACCGACGAGGGCCAUGUGUGA